UCGCCGCGCAGGCCCCACGCCCUCCUCUUUGGGGAAGAAGCGGUCGCGGCCGGCGCGGACGGUGGGACGCCCCGCUCCUGCUCCUGACUCACCGCUGUUCGCUCUCGCGGAGGAACAAGUCGGUCAGGAAGCCGCGCCGCAGCCAUGGCUUUUAAAGACACCGGGAAGACGCCCGUGGAACCGGAGGUGGCGAUUCACCGAAUUCGAAUUACUCUAACCAGCCGCAACGUGAAAUCUUUGGAGAAGGUGUGUGCCGACUUGAUCAGAGGCGCCAAGGAGAAGAAUCUGAAAGUGAAAGGACCGGUUCGGAUGCCCACCAAGACUCUGAGAAUCACUACUAGAAAAACUCCUUGCGGUGAAGGUUCGAAGACCUGGGACCGGUUUCAGAUGCGGAUCCACAAGCGGCUCAUUGAUCUGCACAGUCCUUCCGAGAUUGUGAAGCAGAUCACCUCCAUCAGUAUUGAGCCGGGAGUGGAGGUCGAAGUGACCAUUGCAGAUGCUUAAAGCAGCCUUUUUAAUAAAUUGAUUAUCUGUUAA